UUAUUUUCAAAAAUAAUGAAGACUCCGAUAAAGUAAUUAGGCGUGGAUCAAAAAUUGCAACCACAUUAACUGCAUGGUUUAAGGCCAACCAGCAAUUUCAAGAAGCCUCUGAACUUACUUAUGCAGACUUUCCAACAUAUUGGGUAUAUAAUAAACAACACAAAAAAUGGAAACCACAACAAAAAGGAAAUACUAUAGGGCGAAU